CAGGUUUAAAGUAAACGAAUAUGGCGACCAAAACGAAACGAAUCGGUGUUCAUCUAAGGACCUUUCUUUUGUUGAUCUGGAGCAUAGCGCGCGGUGGCGACGGCUAUAGCUGUCCUUACGGGCAGAGCUGCGCCUUCGAGCCUGCGCCUCCUGGUCGCGCGCCACCUUGCGCCCAACCUGGCCUGACAUACUGCGUGCAUCCAGAGCCCUAUCCUGAAUACAUCAUCAGGCAGCUGAUAGAAGCGGGACAGUACGACAUCCGGACUCUUCUCUCUGACGAGAGCCGGGACGACUUCAACGCGAAUAAGAAACCCGAGUACCCGUAUGGGUACGGGCCCAACUCGCUGCCUCACGUCGACCAGAUCUCACUCGUCAACGACCCUAUAUACCCUAAGGACUAUAACACUAAGUUCCAUAAUAGGUAUAAUCAUGAAAUCUUCAACCAAAAGACACCUCUUCAACCACCUUCACCAGUAGACCCAUCGCCCUACAAUAUCAACGCGUACCAGUCCGCCAACUUCUCUAAAUUCGGCUUUCAAGGGUACCAGCAGACUGGGCAAGGGUACAUCAACCCGGCGUUAAACCAGUACGAUAGCGAGUACAACAAGAAGGUCUUCCGGCAGAACAGCUUGAGCGCUACGUUGGGGUACAACCCAAAUUUGUACGAUACACAGAACGGGUACAACUACCAAGCUCCGGAGUGGUUCAGGCAGGCGUCGAGUGGAGUGACGCAGUAUAAUCCUAAUGAAUGGUGGAAGUACAUAUCGCCAUCUCGCUCCGAUGUGACUGUAGAACGUUCCGUCUCGUUCCCCGCCAGGACGAUGGUGCAGGUCGCGCGGCGCCGGCGCAAUGCUGAACUGGUGCAGGAGUCGGCGAAACGCACGUUGACUGGGGCAGAGGCGCUGAGGAUAGCGCUGGGGCUGGCUAGCGCAGAGACGACGGCGGAACGGUCCCGAAGGCAGGCGGCCGGCGCACAGGAACUGUGUCAGACGCGCACAGAGUACAUUACGCCGCGGGCCGCCCUCAACAACAAGGGCAGCUGGCGCUACGUCGUCAACAUGCCCGACAACAUGACGCAGCUCGUGCGAGCCGAGAUCUGCACGUCGUCGCAGUGCAGCGGGCUUUGCACAGUGCCACCGGGAUACAACUCUCGGUGUGAGCAAAAGUACAUUCAGAAACGGUUGGUGGCGCUAGAGUCGAGUGGCCAGUCUCUUUACACUGACUUAUUUUGGAUCCCCAGCUGUUGCCAAUGUACUAUUAUCCCGAAUAACCAGUGAUUAGAUUAAUAUAAAUAUUAACAUCCUUGUGUUGUGAUUUGUUUCUUUUGUAACUUACAAUAAAAUUAGUUAAGAAUAGUGACGCUACUCGCCGCUAGAUGGCGGUUUACGCUGUGAAUCUUUAUUUUUGCCAGCAUUAAAAUUCAAACCACUGCCUUUUUAUUAUUAUUUUACUUAGUUAAAAAGUAUAACUAAAGAUGAUGCAUUAUCAUGACAGAUUUCGUUUUUUACAUACUAAUAUUUUUCAAAAAUGACUUACUUGUACCAAAGCGUUUGCAAACUAUUACGAAUAAAUGUUAUUUAUUGUAUCAUCCGAAUGAUCAUUACAGUAAAAUAGUUUAAAAUAUUUGGAUAGAUCAUUUAAAACCUAACAGUUCCUUCAUAAUUGAAAGAGUGAUAGUUUUUACAAAUUGUGUACCUUUUGACAAUCGCCAAAUUAUUGUCUACACAAUUUAUAGUAGGAAAUAAUUUGAGGUCUCAAAUGCAGAUUAAUUGAUUAAUAUAAAUAAACAAUGGAAAAAUGUGCACGUUAAAUCUCCGAGAAACAGCAAUAUUUAUACACACACUUUUAGAAACGUCAAUUUAAAUCAAGUGCAUUUUUGGCCUCAAAUAAAAAACCAACUCUUAUCCUAAAGGCAGAGUAUUAUAAUUAAUUUUAUAUAAGCGUAUGUAAGGCCUCCAUAACCAAGUAUUAAUAUUUUAAUUGAAUUAUUGUAAAUAUUAGCUGUAAGUGUGUAAAAACUGGUUAUUUGCUAGUUAUUUAAUAUUAAAAUAAUAGUUAGGUAUUACAAUAUUGCAAUGCUUAGAUUUAUACGUCUUAAGAGGCUUUUUUCAUUAGAAAAAUCUAUGUUUCUUUCUUGCAACAUUUUUCUAAAUGUAAUAAACAUUCCAACAUAUUUUUUUGUAAAAUAACAACAUAUAAAUAAAGGACUUUUAAGCAGUUGUUAAUAAACACACAUCCCCUGUUUCCAUC